ACAGAUAGACACACACACACACACUGGGCCAGCCAGUCACUGCAAAGAGAGAGAGAUCGGAAAAUAUCACAGCUCAGCCGAGAUCAACACACACUCGCUGCUGAGAGCCGAGCAGAGCGGGAGUGGAUGUAGCCUGGAGCUAAAGGCAACAAAUUUUAUUUCAACUGGAGCAAAGCAGCGAGUGUCUGAAAGGGGCGUUCUCCUGGAAUCUAGCCCCAUCUCCUACCCCCUUUCCCCCCUCUUGUCUCUUGUGAAGCCAAGCUGGACCGGGGUUUGCCUUCAGUGAAGUUUCGAUGUGCUUCUAAUUGCUGCUCGCCUGGAUUUGGGUAUUGCAAGAAUUUUUUUCUCACCCCACCUCCGCGGCUCGAACUUAGCUGGGACAGCUUUAGGAGGGGUCCCCACGCCACUCCGAGUGUUGGAUCCAGAUUGGGAACUGCAACAAAAAGAUUUCCUCCAGGCCACUGAACGUGACCAAGCGUGCAGCCCCAGAAGUGUGUGUGUCUGUCUGUGUGUUGUUUGGAGAGUUUAAAAGCAGCCUGUCUCCCUCCCACAUACACACACACGUACACACACACACACACAAUGCACUGGAUUUGAACUGCAGCCCUGCAGGCUGGCACCGAUUUAACGAUUAGAGCCAAAGAGGGUGUGGGAGGAGAAUGAUUCUUCAAGCACUGGGCAUCCGGAAUCUGCCCGGGUGCCACUCGGUUUUGUGGAGACCCUGCGGUGCGUUGUAGGGAGGGGACUCAAGGUACACCCUGUCAUCGCUGUCUCCAGCUCCCAGGGACUCUAGGUCCACCUGCCUCCUGGAUCCCUGUGCCCUCCUCCCACCGUUUGAGAGGGGAGUUUUGGUUUCGGGGGGGGCCAUGUUCUGAAUAGUUACUUGCCAGUGGUGAUGCCCAGACCGAUCUCCUAACCUCGGCGAGGUGGGACAACCAACACCUGGCAAGGGGAAGGGGAGGAGGGCACCAGGGAGUUUGAGGCUGGAUAUCAAUGCCCACCCCCACCCCCACCCCCAGCGCUGCCAGCUACUGAUAUUAUGGCUGCUUGUGCCUUGGUCAACCUGGGCAGAAUGAGCAACGACAUCAAGGCAGACUGUCCCCAUCAAACUCGCAGGCUGGCGCUGAAGGUGCCCGAGAGGCACGUCUCCCGUUGCCACGUUCGCCUGGCCCCAAACCCCGGGGUCAACGGCGGGCGUGGGCUCAAGCUGUCACGGUCCAGCGAGGACCUGCCAGCCUGCAGCCAACACCCCGGCGCAGCCCCCCCUCCAGAGGGAACGACCGGCCCCCUCCCUCGGGGGAAACCACAGCGAGGAAGCUCCGAGAGCCCCGCAGGUCAGCGGGAGCCACUCGGCUGUAGGGGCCUGGCCGGAAAAUGGGUGCGCUCCCAGACGGAUGAGGAGGCGUCGGCAGGUACGGGGGUCGCUGGAGGCGGCCAGAUGGACCAGAGACAGCCGCGUGGUUGGGAUGCAGCGCCACUGGCAUUGCCAGGCACCAUGGCGAAGGGAAGCAGCAGAGCUCCAGUCCAGGAGGAAUACAGCCGGCUGACUUGGCACUGCCCCACCAAAGACCAGCAGCUUGGGGAUGGGCUGAAUAGGCUCAGGACUCCAUCCCCAGACCACCCUCUGCCCCAUCAUCCAUCACCACCUCCUGCUGCCCAGCCCGGCCUGGUGGAGAUCCCUCAUGUCAUUGUGACAGAGCACGGGCACGAUGACAGCGGGGAGCCCAACGACGACUGCAAUCCCAAUGGGCCCUGGGUAUUCGUCCGCAAACUCUCCUCCUCAUCAGCCUCCUCUGCCGGCUUCUCCUCCUCCUGGGAUGAGUCAGAGGAAGACAUCUCGAGUGACCCGGACAAAGGAGGUGAUGUCAGCUCGGCCUUCCUCCAGACCCUGGAGCGUGAGCCCAAACCCAGGGUGAGUAAAUCCUGGAGGAAGAUCAAGAACAUGGUGCAUUGGUCACCCUUUGUAAUGUCCUUCAAGAAACGCUAUCCAUGGAUACAGCUGGCAGGACAUGCAGGUAGCUUCAAGGCCGGAGCAAAUGGCAAGAUUUUGAAGAAGUAUUGUGAGUGUGAGCAGAGGUGCCUGGGCCAGCUGAUGGAUGAUGUGCUGUGCCCCUAUGUGCCAGCUUACCACGGUGAGGUGGAGAAGGAUGGUGAGAGGUACAACCAGAUGGAUGAUCUGCUAGCAGAGUUUGACCUGCCCUCCGUGAUGGACUGCAAAAUGGGAGUGAGGACCUACCUGGAAGAAGAGUUGACUAAAGCCAGGAAGAAGCCCAGCCUGAGGAGGGACAUGUACCUGAAGAUGAUAGAGGUGGAUCCGGACGCACCAACAGAAGAGGAGAAAGCUCAGCGUGCUGUCACCAAGCCCCGCUACAUGCAGUGGAGAGAGACCAUCAGCUCCACCUCUACACUGGGAUUUCGGAUCGAGGGAGUGAAGAAUGAAGAUGGGACUGUGAACCGUGACUUUAAGAAGACCAAAACUGAAGAGCAGGUCGUGGUAGCUUUCCAAGAGUUCACUAAGGGGAACAGAGUUGUUUUGAAAAAGUACCUUGAUCGCUUGAAGCAGAUUAAGGAUACAGUGGAGGUCUCGCCUUUCUUCAGGACUCAUGAGGUGAUUGGCAGCUCCUUGCUGUUUGUGCACGACAGGCGGGAACAGGCCAAGGUUUGGAUGAUCGACUUUGGGAAAACGAUGCCCCUUCCUGAGGGCCAGGUCCUGACUCACAGGACGGCGUGGGUGGAAGGCAAUCGGGAGGAUGGUUAUCUGUGGGGCCUCGAUCACCUCAUCGCCAUCAUGGAGAAUAUGUUACAGAAGCAGAACUGAGACCGAGCCGGAACGUUCUCCCAGGGAAUUGGACUGGUCCUUGUUUGACAGAGCACGCUGCACUACAGAAUGUUCUAGAACAGGCCCUCCCGCCUGCUUCCCCACUACAGUGGGGACAGUCUGGGCCAUAACGUUAUGUGGCCAAGAUCUUCAGGAUUAAUGAAUUCCCUCUCCUGCCUUAUUUAACCUCCCUCGUGCUCCUUCCCAUCUGUACUUUACUUUACUCCCUUUCCCCUUCCCACAUCCAGUUCCAUUCCCUAAGCAAUUACCCCUAACCCGAUCAGUCCUGAGGCAGAAAACAGUGAGAGAGUGAGGGGGAGAGAGAGAGAGAGAGAGAGAAGGACAAGUCAGCUCAAGGGCAGCUCAAAACUUCCCAGCCCGUCAGCGCCACCAACAUGCUGUAUCGGUCUAACCCAAGCCCCAGGUGCAAACGUGAAUCAAAAUGACGGAGCAUUUUACAACAGACAGACGGGCUAUUUAGCCCAGCAGUUCUGUGACAGCAAGAGCACGCAGUGAGCCUUUGUUGGGUGGGAGGUACAAACUGGUGGAUGGUCGUAUCCUUGUGCAUACAGAAGUCGGGAUUUAAAAUGGCCACCUAAAGCUCUCCUGCUGUUUCUGUACGCUGUGUUUGCUGGAAGCACGAGCUGGGCCCAAUUCCCACUGACCAGUCUGGUUCUUUCGGACCCAGUUCUCUCUGGCUGAGCCUAAUUCUCACAGACCAGGCCAAGUUGUCACAGGCCAGGCCUGGUUCUCUCAGACCUGAACUAGCUUUCACAGACCGGGCCUAGUUCAGGCCUAGUUCUCACAGACUGGGCCUAGUUUUCGCAGACCGGGCCUAGUUCUCACAGGCCAGGCCUAGUUCUGUCAGACCUGGCCUAGUUCUCUCAGACCUGACCUAGUUUUCACAGACCGGGCCCAGUUCAGGCCUAGUUCUCACGGACCUGGCCUAGUUCUCACGGACCGGGUCUAGUUCUCAAGGACUGGGCCUAGUUCUUACAGACCAGGCCCAGUUCAGGCCUAGUUCUCUCAGACCUGACCUAGUUUUCACAGACCGGGCCCUGUUCAGGCCUAGUUCUCAAGGACUGGGCCUAGUUCUCACAGACCAGGCCCAGUUCAGGCCUAGUUCUCACGGACUGGGCCUAGUUCUCACAGACUGGGCCUAGUUCUCAUAGACCGGGCUCAGUUCAGGCCUAGUUCUCACAGACCAGGCCCUGUUUUCACAGGCCAAGCUUAGUUAACAGAGGCCAGGCCCAGUUCACACAGGCUCUGCUUCUGUUUCCUUGCCCAUUUUUCCCAUUCUCCACAUGCAGUCCUGAUGCAUCAAGGGGCUGCUUAGUCCCUCAGAGAUUUGCUGCCCAGGGCAAAAACCAGUCAAUAGAAGAAACCCAGUAAUACUUGGAAAUUAAUGUACUGUUUGUAUGGGUGCUUCAUUUGAAAGUGUACAAGAUGAUUUGGGCCAGGUUUCUUUCAACUGUGGGUUAUGAAGUGAGAUUGGACAGAGUGCUCCGUGGAGCAGAGGAGACUGAGUGGCGGACAUUACUGAGCUGUAUAAAAUAACGAGGGUCAUAGACAGGAAGGAACCUUUCCCCUUGAUGGAGGGAUCAGUGUCCAGGGGGCAUAGAUUUAAGGUAAGGGGCAGAAUGUUUAGAGGGGAUGUGAGGAAGAGGUUUUUUUUCCCAGAGGGUGGUGGGAAUCUGGAACUCACUGACUGUAAGGGUGGGAGAGGCAGAAACCGUCAUUACGUUGAAGAAUUAUUUACAUUUGCACUUGUGAUGCUAAGGCCCACAAGGCUAUGGGCCAGGUGUUGGAAAACAGGAGUAGAAUAGUUAGGUCGUGGUUUUGGACCAGCCCAUAUUCGAAGGGCCGAAUGGCCUUUUUCUGUGCUGGGGAUUUCUAUGAUUCUAACUGGCUGAUGCUUGACUCUCAGACAAACCAGCUCUGAUUUGUUUUAUUUGAAUCCCCCGUUUUUUUAAUAUUCUUCUAUCUGAUAAAUUGAAAUGUUCAAAGCAGAUCCGACAGGAAAAGACUGAACCAUCUUUCUGUGUCCCCAGUGAUU